AUGGAGUCAAUAAACAAAAAAAUGAUGCAAUCUGUAUGGAAGUCCUCAGAUAUUACAUGGGCUGAGAGCCCAUCAAUAGGGAACUCAGGAGGAAUUCUAGCAUUAUGGGAUUCUUCGGUAUUCAUCACAAAUCACAAUGUUGUUGAACAAAACUGGAUUGCAAUAAGUGGAAUAUUUCCAAAACUCAAUUUCAAAUGCUCUCUCAUAACGGUGUACAAUCCAUGCUCAGUGGCAGCAAGAUCAAUAGUGUGGAGGCAAAUUAUUGAGUUCCAAAACUCAAACCCCAUCCCAUGCCUAGUGGUCGGCGAUUUCAAUGAGGUUCUAAGAACCUCGGAAAGAGGCAGUUCAUUUAUAUCCCAAUCUGGGUCUGACGAUUUUAAAAAUUUUGUGCAGGCUCUUCAAUUGUUAGAAAUUUCAUCCUCAAGCAAUAGUUUCACAUGGUACAGAGGGAACUCAAAAAGUCUUCUUGACAGGUUAUUCAUCAGUCCUGAAUGGCUAACAGUUUUUCCAUCACUAAAAGUGUCCAUCUUGCAGCGUGGAUUAUCUGAUCACUGUCCACUCUUGGCUCAUUCUCAAGCUACUGACUGGGGUCCGAAACCUUUUAGAUUCCAGAACUGUUGGCUCACUGAUCCAGCUUGUCUAAAAGUAGUCCGUGAAACAUGGCAAAACUCAUUACAAAAUUCAGCAGUUGGAAAAUUCCGGGAGGUUAAAAACAAACUCAAAGAAUGGAACCUCAAUGACUUUGGCAACAUUGAAGCAAACAUCAUCAGGCUUGAAAAUUUAAUUGCAAGGUUGGAUGAAUUGAACAAUGAGAGAGAUCUCGAAAAUGAUGAGCUGUGUGAGAGAAGAAACGCCCAAGCAGAGCUAUGGAUGUGGAUGAAAAGAAAGGAGCUAUAUUGGGCUCAAAACUCAAGAAUCACAUGGUUAAAAGAGGGGGAUAGAAAUACAAAGUUUUUCCAUGCCACUGCUACAAAUAAAAAAAGAAAAAACACAAUUUCAAGCAUCAAAGUGGAUGGGCAGGAUGUCAGCGAUCCAUCUCAAAUAAAAAAUGAGGCCAGAAAAUUCUUCAAGAACAUAUUUAAAGAAGAGUAUAGCAUCAGACCAACUAUUGAAAAUCUGCAGUUCAACAGAUUAUCCUCUUCUCAAGCUGACAGUCUCAUAGCUCCAUUCACAACCGAUGAAAUUGACUCGGCAGUCGCAUCUUGCAGCUCUGACAAAGCCCCGGGCCCGGACGGCUUUAAUUUUAAAUUCAUAAAAAAAUGCAUGGGAGAUUGUCAAGAAGGACAUUUACGAAAUAGUGAAUGA